GCGCAAGCGAAUCCCUGACCCUGCCAGAAAGAUAGGUUGAACAAGAAGUGGGCGGGAAAGAGAAGGGAGAACACUGAAUUACUCAAUCUAUACAGAAGUGGGGAGAGGAGGCCGAGGAGUGAAUGCAAACGAACUGGAUUAUCAUAGGAGAGUUUGGAUUUUACAGUUAUAGAAACAAAUUCCAAUCCACAGAAAUUUUAGUUCUGUAAACUUAGAGAAUGAGAAGAGGCUGAGCAGUGAGUGCAAGUCAACAGCAGGAGAGGAGGCCUUACAGUGAAUGUAAGGGAAUCCAUCUAGCAGAAGAUGGAGAGGCAGAACAGUAAGGGUAAGAGAACCUUUGGAUCAGCAGGAGAGGAGAUCAUUAAAUUAGAGUAGUUGAACCCCUCAACCAGCAGGAAAGGUGUCUCAAUUCUCAAUAUCAUUUGUAAAAGAACCCCUUCACUCUUAGGGGAAAGGAAGGGGAAGCUGUGAGUGUAAGCCAGACUCUUAAGCCAGCGGCGGAGGAGUUGACAGAGUAGAUUGAGAAUAACCCUCAACUGCUAUUGAGGUAAGGGCCUUCAUGCACUUGGCAUUCAGAUUGAGCAGUGAUUAUAAGCGAUCAUGGGAACGGGUACAAAGAAUUCCAAUAUUGUACGUUCUCUGGUGAAAACUAUUGGAUUUUUUAUAGAUGAAGCCAUAAGCAAUGAAGACCAACGUUUGCAGAACAAAGAACAGAUUAACCAAAGGUUAUCCAGACAUCAAGUAGAAUAUUCUGGAGGAUCAGAUCAAGUUCAACAUGCAGAAGAAGCAGUGAUUGCAAGUUUAUACUGGGGCAUGGAGGCCAUCGAAGAAGCAAUGGGAUCAAACAGUAAAGAUAUCAAAAUGGGCAGGCUAGACUAUGCAGAAAAAAUGCUCCAGGCCUGUGCUUUAUUGAAUGUGAAGGAUGGUGCUAAUAAUACUACUGCAGGUGUGCCUAAUUGUUAUUUGGCAGCAUGGGCAAACCUGAAUUUGGCCUUAGUUUCUAAAUUCAGGAAAAAUGAUAGGGUCUGUAUUAUGAAGACUUUGGAGAUGUUUAUGGUGGAUCCACAAAAUUCAAGGCUAGAAUUGGCACCUACGCUCUGGGAGGAUCUGUUUUUGAGGUAUUUAAGCUCAAUUGUGGGGUGGUAUGGUGAACAGAGGUAUAGGAUUCUUGAAACAGUUUUGCCUGAUGAUAAUUUUGGUGUUUCUGUUUCUUGUGCGAGUAUGCUUGCUUUUGAUGAGCUUGGGUGUAAGGCUUUGCUUUCAAAGAUGAGUGUUGAGCAGGCGAAGCAGUUGCAAAGGUUGGAGAAGGUUUAUCAGGAUUCUCUGGAUGAGAAUACAAUGAUUUGUGUUAAGUUUUAUGAGGAGUGGCUGGAUUAUGAUAUGCAGAAAUUGAAGGGGAAGCCUGGUGAUAAGCCUUGUGUAAAGGUUCCAGUGUUUCAAGGGCAGUUUGGGUCGAAAACAGGAUUUGAUUUGGACAUAAAUUCUGUUUUUGAGGAUGGGUUCAGGGUCAAGAGAAUGGACGAGGCAGAAUGUGCAAGGAACGGGCGCUACAAUCCCAUAUGGGAAGACUACGAUGAUGAAUCGCGGGAUUACAACAUCAAUAGGCGCUCUGCAUCAUUCCAGUGGAGAGCUAAGUCGAUGCCCAGGAGAGUAACUCCACAAGAUAUGAUGACUUCGGAAGAAAUCUCAAAUACCCAGUUCAACUUCCAGCAGAAGAAGAACAGUGAGAGUACGAAACUAUUAACUACACCGAGCAUAAGAUCAGGUGGCAUCGGGAGGUCAUCAAGUUCGUUCAAUUCUGAAGCCAUGUCUGAUGAUGAUCCUGACUAUACCGGACUUUCAUCUGGAGCUGGUUUUUCCAAUUCUUCCGAGUAUUGCAGCAGUUCCUUUGAAUCUGUACUAAAAUUCAAGGUUCAGAAUCAUGAAAAAGACACAAACAGUAUUAAUCAAUCGAAAGCGAAUUGGAUUUCCAACGAAGAAAAAGAGAACGAGGCCUGCAUUGGAGAUACCGAACCUGAAUAUGAAUUUGCUGUCUUUGCGCCAGACAAAAUAGAUAACUCUAAAGGUUCAAUCCCCAAAGUUUUUCCCAUUGUAGCCACAGAAGGGGACGAGAGCCAGAGCGACUAUAUUGUUCAUUCAUCAGAGACCUCAACUCCACAACCAAGACCUCCAAAGGAUUUUGUAUGCCCUAUUACCAGUCAGCUCUUCAGUGAUCCUGUUACUCUAGAAACAGGGCAGACCUAUGAGCGCAAAGCUAUUCAAGAAUGGCUGGCACAUGGAAACCAUACUUGCCCUAUAACUCGUCAGAAGCUAGAAAAGAUUGCUCUUCCCCAAACAAACUACUUAUUAAAGAGAUUGAUUGCAGCAUGGAAAGAAGAAAAUCCAGAAAUAGCUGUUGAUUUUUCAAAUUCAGAAACUUCCAUACCUAAUUUUUCAAAUUCAGAAACUUCCAUACCUAAUAGACCUCUUGCAUCUUCCACUGAUUUACCCGAUAUAGGAUCAGAUGCUCAAUCUAGUCCUGAUUACUCUGAAACCCAAACAAGUAGUCAAAACAUACAGUUCGGGAACGGGUCAAACGAGCCUAUUCCAUCUACUAAGGUUGUUACUAGCGAAAGCAUGACCAGCGAGCUGAGGCCUAUCAUAUUAUGUCUGUGCACUUCUGAAGAUUUGCAGGAAUGUGAAUCAGCAAUUCUAACCAUUUCUAGGAUUUGGCAAAAAUCAAAAGCAGAUCCCAGUAUCCAGAACCAUCUAAAUAAACCAGCAGUAAUCAAUGGGUUAGUCGAAAUCCUAUCCAAUUCCAUUAUACCCCGAGUUUUGAGGGCUGCGCUUUACAUCCUCUCAGAACUCGUAGUAGCAGACAGAAUGGUAACACAAACUCUGACGAGGGUGGAUUCUGAUCUUAAGGUUCUAGUUUCUCUUUUGAAGAAGGGCCUGUGGGAGGCUGCUGUUCUGAUAUAUCAGCUAAAACCCUCUUUCUCUAGUCUGGCUUCCCUUGAUCUCAUUCCAGUACUUGUCGAGCUGCUUACAGAUGGCAAGGAGAAAGAAUUAGAGUGCGAGUUUCAGAUGCAAUUGAAACCAAAGGAAGUGGCAAUAGUUCUGUUGGAAAGAAUUCUCGCAAAUGGGAAUGAAAAUUACAGAUGUGCCAAUGCUCGUGAUAUUAUUUCUAUGAACGGAAUUCCAGCUCUUCUUAAGAUCUUGGAAUCAAAAGACCUGGAGGAAAGAUAUUAUUCAAUUUCUAUACUUUCAUCCUGUGUGCAUGCAGAUGGAAGCUGUCGAAACUUGAUUGCCAACAGAGCUGAGAUGGCCCCUGUUUUAGAACUUCUACGUACUGGAAGUGACAGGGAUAGGAUCACUGCCAUUAAUUUUAUUUCAGAGCUCGUUCGUUUAAACAGGAGAACAUUCAACGAACAGGUUCUACGAAUCAUAAAAGAUCAAGACACAUUUAGUACAAUGCAUAUGCUUCUUGUGCACCUUCAGAUGCCAUCUAUGGAACAGCGUUCUGUUGUUGCUAGUCUUCUUCUCCAGCUUGAUCUUCUGGAGGAGCCUCGAAAAAUGAGCAUUUAUCGUGAAGAAGCUCUAGAUGCUCUCGUGGAAGGCCUAAAGUCUGAAGAAUUUAUAGUUUCCCAAGUGUCCGCUGCAGAAACUAUAGUUGCCCUCCAAGGGCGCUUUUCUUUGUCUGGGAAGCCACUCACUGAGGCUCUACUUCUCAAAAGUGCUGGUCUUGAUGAAAGCUACAAGGAAUUGAUGAGGGCAAAGCAAGAUCUUGACCAAUCGGAGGAAUCACUGGAAGUUUUGGAAGAGGAAGAAACAGCUGCAAAAGAUUGGGAGAGAAGAGUAGCCUCCGUCCUUGUUACCUAUGAAUUCGGUUUGAUGUUUGAGGCUUUAGGCGAAUGUCUUGAAAGCAAAUCUGUGCAACUAGCAAGACCCUCCCUUGUUGCCGCAACAUGGCUGACACAUAUGCUAACAAUUGUCCCAGACACAGGAGUCAGAGGUGCAGCUCGUCAGUGUUUACUAGGAAGGUUCGUUACUGUCUUGAAAUCACAUAAGAAAUUAGAAGACAGAGCCCUUGCAGCACUAGGUUUGCGUGCUUUUAUUUAUGAUUCAGAGGGAUUGGAAGAACUGGAACAACAUGCAAACGACAUAUUCAAUCCUUUAUGGGAACUGAAAAAAGUUUCUUCCGCAGCAACUGAUAUAUUAAGAGCUCUUGCAAACCAUCCAUCCGCAAAUAUUUCUGAACUUUGGAAGUAUGAAGAGCUCUCUCUGAAAGAUACAAGCAUAAACGGAGAAUUAAAUUCCCUUGUUCAUGCGGCUGAUCGAAUUUUCAGUGGCCAUUCUGAUGGCACUUUGAAGGUAUGGGAUUGCAAAAAGAGGAUUCUUCAUCUGAUUCAAGAAGUUCGAGAGCACACAAAAUCGGUCACUUCUUUAGCUGUUUCAUCAUCUAGAGAAAAUUUAUAUAGUGGAUCUCAUGACAAAACAAUCAGGGUUUGGGCAAUAGGGAAAGUAAAAAUUCACUGUAUACAAGUCCAUGAAGUAAAGGAUCAUGUGCAAGCACUCAAUGUUAGCACUAGCUUGGCAUGCUUCAUUUCUCAAGGAGUUGGCAUAAAAAUCUAUGACUGGAAUGGAAGCUCAAAGACUAUCAAUUCUAGCAAGAAUGCAAGGUGCCUUGCUAUAGCAGAAGGAAAAGUUUACUAUGGAUGCAGUGACAGUACCAUUCAGGAGAUCAAUUUGGAGAGUGGCAAAUCAACUAAUAUUCAAUCAGGUGUGAGGAAAUUAUUAGGGAAAGCAAAUCCAGUCUAUGCUCUUCAGGUUUAUGGGGGACUUCUAUAUGUUGCCUGCUACCCAGUAGAUGGUGUAGCUGUCAAGGUGUGGAAUCUUUCCACCAUGAGCGUUGUGGGCACUCUAUCAUCAAGCCUAGAUGUCCGUUCUAUGGUUGUAACCAAUGACUUCCUAUACUUGGGAUCCAAAUUCGGGACGAUUGAAGUGUGGCUAAGAGACAGACUGAUGAAAGUAGGAACUUUACAUACAAGAGGAGGGAACAGUAAGCUGGUAAGCUUGGCUGUUCAUGGGGAUGGAGAACUCCUAUUUAGUGCUUCAGUAGAUGGAAGAAUUGAGGCCUGGGCAUUGGUUUGACUGGGGACAAAUAUAUAUAUAUAUAUGUACUAUAAUUCCUUUGGGGCAAUAAGGGUGCUGCUUGCUAGUACAAUUCAUUUUUUUUUAAGACCCAUUGGUCUUCUGCAAAUAAAAAAAUUCAUUAGCAUGGCAUACUCAUUUUAGUGAAUCCCUUCCAGUUACUGGAAAAAAAAUGUAUUGUCAUCACCAAUUUUCUCCUGGGGACUGUUGUGUAUGGUAUAUUGAGUGUUUACUGGUGGAGCCCAUCUCCAAACAGGAGGAAACUAUGCAGCCUGUUAGAUUCACCCCCAUUUUUUGGGAGUGUGGUUUUCGUCGUCAAUGGAAGGGUGAUUGGUUAACCAAUAAGUUCGCUGCUUCCCAAACAUGGCAGAGCUGGUAGUGCAUGUAAAUCGUUCUGUACAUCAUUAUUUGAGUCUCUUUUAAGGAAUUUCCUUCAUGAGCA